AAUAAACAGGGGAAAUUGUCUUGCCCCUGCGCGUGUCUGCUGGGCAACCGCCGCUUUCCCAAAACACUCGAGACGUCGGGGUGGGCUUUAGUUACCAGAACGACCAUCUCAAAGACAGGACCUUUCAUUUCUACAUCACUCUUUGGUGUAUAUAUUCGCGAGGUUUUAAAGUCAAGAUGGGUUGCUCGAGCAGCACGCAAGCGAACCAAACUCGCCCCCAGAGCCCGCCAAAAAACACCAGGCCGGGCUCGGCACCUAAGGAAGCCGCGGUCAAGCCGACCGUUCGAGAGGACCCUCCAGCUUCGGAAGAGACGCCUGUCAUUGAUACAGACCCCAAGAAGGAGGAACAGGACACAAAUGAAGAAGAGAAGAAAGAUGAAGAAAAGCCUGUAACCGAAGGAGAGGGCACAUCAGAUGCACCAGCGGAACAGACAGAAAGCAAACCAGAAGAUGCAGGAGAAACAACAGAGCAGGCGGCAGCAGAGGACACACCAGCCGCUACAGAACCAGCGGCAGAAUCCACAGAACAGCCAGCAGAGUCUACAGAACAAGCACCUGCUACAGAAGAGCCAGCGGCAGAGCCAGCUGCUGCAGAGGGUGGGGAAGAAGCGAACAAGGAGGAAACACAGGAAGCUACAGACGCUCCUGCAGAGGCUGAAGCUGCAGCACCUGAAGCCACAGAAGCACCUGCAGAGGAACAAGCUCCAGCAGCAGAGUAAAGAACACCUGGCAGUCACUGGGUGUCCAUCAUGGGCACACUAAAUAAUAAUUAUGUACACAAAUAUUUUGUCUAGUCACAAAAUUUAUAUACUAUGCAAUAGAAACUUUAUUUCAUGCCUUGUGAAAGACACAGAUUGCUUUAUUAUUGUCAUGUAUUCCAAAAUAGACUUAUCUUCUUGAUUCUGGGAGUGGGACAACUUUUGAGCAAUUCGAUGGGUGCAUGUGCAAUAAAGACACACUAAACUCAUCAUUAACCUAAGUCCUCAGUUUCCACCAGGCAAAACAACACCUUACAAUUCCACAAUGUACCUGAAGUGAGAAAGACAACAUUGGGCAAUAUUACACUGGUUAUCCUUCUUUUUAUUUGGGUGAUGCAAUAUUUACAUGAGCCUGUCAUCUCAGAACCAUACAUUUCGCUGGAUUGCCAUAUACAUGUCAAACACAUCAGUAUUACAAACUUAUAACAGUCUAAGAUAGCCUCUGGAAUAGGAGUCUUUGAAAGGUGCCUUAAAACCGUUGAUAUACAUUGCAAAGAUUCCUGCCAAUUGUGGUAUGACAGUCCUUUUUACAAGUUCAGACCUCGUAUUCAAAUAUAGAAAUAUGGGGGGGGGGGAGGGGAGUGUACUGUGCCCUUCACAUAACCAUGCACACUCAAUGAGUGUUUGACCAGUAUAUCAGAAUAGUAGAAUAGUAAAUAAUUUUCCAUUCUUUUCUUGCCAAGUUGGCUAUCAUGUACAAAGGUGUAUAUGUUGUACAUUUUGUAGCAGAAGCAUCUCGUAGAUUUUUUUAUUGCUUAAUUACAGCUUUUAUAGUCUAUAUGGUGUAUUAAUUAAUAGGGAAUAUUUUGUCAAUAUACACAAUUUACUGUAUAUGUAGAAGUGCAAAUUAUUGUAAGAAUAUGUGUACCCAUUUCACAAAUGACAGAAAUUCACAAAGGAGCUGAGAAAUGAGUGCUGUUGAUCAAAUGAAGUUCUUUAAGUAAUACAUACUGGUGCUACUGCUGAGCAGUUUUGUACCCUGAAUGUAUCUGGGCUUAUUUGACUGGAGAUCUUCAUUGUUGCCCAUUGUAUAUACUUAAAUGCAGUAGUUACAAUGCACUAUUUGUCUAAUAGAUACACCUAUAAGCACUUUUGAUAUCAAUAUCAUAGCAGAUUCCAGUAUGGCGUGAUGCAAUAUUAUGACACCUUUAUCAUUAUUGUACCAAAGACUUUGACGUUAGCUACACAAAGCAUCAUCUCCAACAAGAGUGAAAUGUACAAUGUACUUGGAAGUAUCCAUCUGUAUUUAAGUACCGGUAGAUGGCUUUCAGUGAUGAAUGACUUCUGCCAGUUUCCCCAUACAUAACAUCAGUAUCAGUCAGUUGUCAUGUACUAGUAUCAUGAUAGACUCUAUGUAGUUACCAACAAAGCUAUAUUAUAUAGCCUUUGAGGAUACACAUUUAUUGGACAUGUAUUCCUUGCCAUUUUAUGCACAUCGUGAAAAUGGACUUUAUCAUACACCAUUUAACACAGCUGAUACAGUAUAGAUAGCUAUUGUUUGUUUGCUUUUCCUAUUGAAGUUAAAAAUGGUCAAAAGUGCACAAUGGAAUAGAAAUACUGUAUUCAAAUAAUUCAAAACAUGUAUGAAAUCUACAAAUUUAAAGUGAAAUGUCUUUCAUAAAAUAUGGAUUUUCAUUGUAUGAAUCACUUUUAUACAUACAAAAUCUAUGGUCCAACUUGGCCUAGACAACCAGCAUUUUACCAACUGAAGACCUCUUCACUUGCAUGUUGAAUAUAUUACAUACAUGUAUUCAGAAGAAAAAUUAUUAUCAAAUGUGUGUAACUGCAAGCAAUUUUCAUCCGUCCUCAAAUUGAUAGGAGCGACUCUUCAAAAUGGUUUCAAUAUACCUCAAUCUAACUAAGUGAAACUACUUUUCUACACUAUUUUUGUAAAGGUUUCAAGAAAUUAUAUGAUAUGGCUUGUAUGGAAGCAGUAUAGGCAUUGUAAAAAUCUAAUAAAAGUAGCUUCACUCCCAAA